AUUUCUAUUGUUUGCGGCUUUUUUCCGAGCAUUUUGAGAUUUUUUUAAAUAGAAAAAAAAUCCCCACCUUAUUGCCCAGCUUUUGUGCUGCUGUUUUGGGGAAAAAUUUGAGCUUGGUUUCUCAUAUUUUUCCAUUUUGUUUUGUCGUGUAAAUCUGCCUUGUAAAACCACCAAAUGUAGGGUCUUUUUGGAGCUAUUUUAAAAGGGUAGAGGUAAUCAGGAUGUGUAGGGAGAGGUUGUUUCUUUGGUUAAGAAACUUGAUAUUGGAAUUAGAAAUUAAUUUAGUUAAAUGGGGUAUUUUGUAAUCUUGUUUGUUCUUUGAUGUGGCUUAGGUUGGAAAUCACCUCAAGUACCUUGACUUAUUGAAUUCCUUGUUUGUCGUAUACCUACAAGGCGAGAUAAGUAAAAGUAUGGUAAUGCCUUUGGAUUUAAGGUAAAAGUUUUUGAAAGCAUAUUUCUGAUGGUUUUUAAAAUGAUGGCGAGACUAAACCCAUUUUACACAAACAAGAGCAUGAUUGGUUUGAAAUAAAAUUAUUAUCAUUUUCAUUGAAUUGAGCAUGCCUACUUGGAGUUUACUUGACUACCUUGAUGAUUUGGAAAUUAUUUGUAAAUUAUGGUUUUCUUGUUAAAUCUCGCAUGGUUUUGUCUCCAAUAUGGUCAUGUUUUACUGUGCCCGCUAGUAGGAGGUUUAUAAACGUUAGCACAUGUUGACAUGUUACUUAUGGAACUGGUUCAUUCUUGUUAUACUUGUUGUCCUGCUAGUGGGAUUAUAUACUAGUAAAUCUUGUGCCCAUCAGUGGGAGGUUUAUAAACGUUGGCCAUGACCUAUAGAGGAGACGUCUAUUUCAUUCCCGUAAUUGUACCCAUUUUUCUUGAUACUUGGUUACACUUAUUGGCAUGCUAUAAAUUUUAAUUAAGGGUUAUUCAUAUUUUUACUUCCUAAGUUAUUUCACAUAGUUUUUUUUCCUUUGUCCACCAUUUCAAGUAGUGUGACCCAAGACGUGGAAAACCAAGGGGAGUGAUGAGCUAGAAGGCUAGCCAUUGUAUUUUGGACGUAGAUUUUGAGUUGUAGAUUAUUUUUUGUAAGCUAGAUUUUAUUUUGAAAUAUCGAUCUAAGUUUAUGUGGACUGUUAGUAAUGAAUUUAACAAGUUCUGAGCUUUGUGCAUUUGCGGGAUCCUCUCACAAGUGCAUGGCGUUUGUUUCGCUCUCGGUUUUGGGGUGUGACAUGAUGUUU